AUGAAGAUGGUGACAAUAAUGACGAUUCUGUGGGUAGCUACGGUGAUGUCUGCAGCUCAGCCUCUGUGUGAUCCGCUGUCACAAUAUGAACUCAAUGGGCAGUGUUGCCAAAUGUGUCGGCCAGGAACCAGCAUGUCUCAUUUGGGCACGUGCGCUGUUCCUCACUGUCUCCCGUGUGACGAGGGCGAGUAUCAAGACACUUACACGACGGAGGCCCUGUGUAAACUUCAGCCAUAUUGUGACCCGAAUAAAAACUUUCAGGUUGCAAAACAAAUGAGCAAAACUGAAAAAAACACCUGCAUGUGUGAACUGGGAUUCCACUGCUCCAGUGAUGAGUGCCUCACAUGUGUACGGCACAAGCCUUGUAACCACGGAUGGGGGGUGCUAUUUAAAGGGAAUCAAACCCAUGACACGGUAUGCCACAAAUGUCCUGAAGGCUCGUUUUCCAAUGUGACUUCGUGGAAUAGCAGUUGCUUGGCAUGGACCAGGUGCAAGAGCGGUUACGUUAUCGAAAGAAAGGGAUCAGAUCAGUCUGAUGUCGUGUGUGAAAAGAACCGGCGGGAGCAUGUUAUCAUCACCUGUGUCGUUCUGCUUCUGAUUGGGAUCGUGCUAAUCACUGCAAUCAAGAUAUGGCUCUCUAGAGGUAAAGGAGAUUUUAAGGGAAAGGACUGCAUUGAGACAUGUGUGCGCCAUGACAAAGUCAUGACAAAGGGAGAGUUGCUGAUCGCAAUGCCAACCCCUGACGGCAUCCACGAAGAGGCCGUGUUGCCAGGAGAGCAGGCCCCGCGGGAGAACCACCAUAGCAGCAUGAGGCAGCCGGAGGAAAAUGACGACGGUCCGGGACAGGUGGCCUUCGGACACUUCACUGAUAAAGGCAACUACGUGGCGCAGGAGAACGGAAAAGCAGAAGUUCUCUCUCGACAAGAAUCACAAAGCAUGACUGUGACAAGUGAAAUACAUACUGAUCUGAAGUACUGA